UUGUGUGUUUGGCAUUGGAGGAAGUGUUCUUGUGUCUUCAUGUUUUGUGUUUCCUCUGCAGAAAUAACUGGACAGAGGGUGGAAAUGGAUGAUGGGAAGUCGGGUUACGUUGGCUCAAAGGUUGACCUUCGUUGUCGGUUCAUCAACAGCUCUCCACCUGUCAAAAUCUCUCAGGUAACAUGGCAAAAACUGGUGAAUGGCAGCAAGCAGAAUGUGGCUAUAGCCAACCCGUCCUUGGGUGUGUCCGUGGCCCCGCCCUACAGGGACCGAGUGUCCUUUAAGAAUGCAGCGGUCAGGCGACGAACUCCAACUCUUGAAGACACAACCAUCAGCUUCUCCUCGCUUCGGCUCUCUGAUGAGGCCACCUACAUAUGUGAAUACACCACGUUCCCCGCGGGGAACCGGGAGAACACUGUAAAUCUCACUGUCUAUGUCCGCCCAACAACUCAGAUGAGUCUUUCUUCACCGACACUAGUUGCUCGUUCAUCCAAUCUAAAAACCCCAGUGGCUACCUGCAUCUCUGCCAACGGAAAGCCUCCUGGCACAAUCAGGUGGGAGACAAGAGUACCUGGAGAAGUGACCACCCGAGAGUAUAAGAAUUCUGACGGAACAAUUACAGUUCAGAGUGACUACAUUUUGGUGCCCAGUAAAGAAACCCACAAGGAGACGCUCACCUGUGUGACCACCUACAAUGAGGAGGUCUACACAGACAGCGUCACCCUCGAUAUUCAGUAUGAGCCAGACGUAACCGUGGAUGGGUUUGAUGGAAACUGGUAUCUAAACAAAGAGAACGCCCAGCUGAGCUGCCAAGCUGAUGCCAACCCAGCAGUCUCUCUGUAUCAGUGGAGACUGGUUAACGGAUCCCUCCCGACUUAUGCUGAGAUCCGGGACAAUGUCCUUAUGUUUAAAGGACCGGUUACGUAUGACCUGCAGGGAACCUAUGUGUGUGAUGCAACCAACAGCAUCGGGACAAGAUCAGGCUCUGUAGAGGUCAGCAUUAUAGAAAAGCCACUACCACAGAUUGCAACCGGUGAUGUCAUUAGUGUGAUCGCAUUGUUACUGGCUGCUGGAGUACUUUUGGGCAUUACCGUCACAGUUUUGGUGCUGAAAAUAAGAAGCAAAAAAGACAACUCCUCAGCUGGUUCCCCUUCCGGAAAGAUGGCUCAGCCAAUAAGAAAGAGGACAGGUGAUGACAUCCAGCAUUCAGGACGAUUUUAUGAAGAGCUGCCAAACACAGCGGAUUAUGUGAGCUACAGGCUGGCCUGUAAUAAGGACGACUACCCAGAGCCCUACUCCCCUCCAAUCAACCCUCCUCUGACAUUUUUGCCUCAGCACCCAUAUCCCUCCUCACAAACAAUGCCUUCAACAGGCAACAACUCCACCAACACCCUGUCAAAAAACACCUUUGCUCCGCCUUCACACACCACGGCCACCUUUAAAUACCCCUCUGUGCCAGGACUGGCCCCUCCCCCUCCAGGAGGAACAUACACUUUUCCCAAAGAGCAAUAUGUCUGA